UUACUGUAGUUCGAUGCAAUGGUACACGUGAAUGAGAAAAAUAAUAAGUAAUAUGAUUCAUAUGAUAAAAAAUUGUUAUUGAUAUUAUUAUAAUUUAAAAAUAUAUAAAAUAAAUAAAAUAUUUUCAAUUGCCAAUAAUAUAAUUGAAGAAGAAUAAAAGAAGAGAAAGGACAUUAUGUUUUCAUUGCGCCAAAUAAUUCGAUGCGGGAUACAACUGACAUUUACGAGAGAAUUUACAAAUUUACAUCAGAUCGCAUUGAUUCGAAAAGGAAAAUUUAAUAUUGAAAAUUUACGUGAUUCAAUUUUUAUUCGAACGAAAACUAAUCUUUCUGAAUCACUAGAAAAAGAAAAAGAAGAAGUUAACGAAGAUGCCAACAAAAAAGUGCUCGGUAAAAUUGAAGCUAAAAUCAAAGUGAUGUUUACAUGUAAAAAGUGUAAUUUUCGAAAUGGAAAAAUUAUAUCGAAAUUAGCUUACGAAAAAGGAGUAGUUAUAAUUCGUUGUGAUGGUUGUAAAAAUAAUCAUUUAAUUGCUGACAAUCUCGGAUGGUUUGAGGAAUUAAAAAAUAAGCGAAAUAUUGAAAGGUUAUUGGCGGCAAAAGGAGAAACAGUUCGAAAAGUGCUAAAUGAUGUUGAUGGAUAUAUCGAGGUGGUUGCCAAAGCAGAAUCUGAUUUAAUACAACAUAAUAAAGAAAGAGAACAACGUUUAAUUGAAGAACAAAAAGAUAUAGAUAAUAAAAAUGAAAAGGUUACAUCUUCGAAGGAAUUAGAAUAAAGAUUCUUUAAAAAAAAAAAUUUUUAUUUUAAUAUUUUAAUAAGAUAAAGGUAAAAAAAUGUUUCAGUGUUUGUGUACUUCUAAAUUUAUUGUUGACUAUAUGUAUUUUUUUAUAUUAUGUUAAUCUUACAAUUAUAUAUGUAAAAAAAUAUCCAAAGUUUGGUUAACAUUGAAAGAUUUAAAUGUUUUUUGAUCCUUCAAAUUAUAAUCAUUAGAAGAAACAAAAUUGUUUCUAUUGUACCAUGUAUUACAUGUAGUUCUAAUAUGUACAAUUUAGUAAAAAAUAUAUAUUCUUGAAUAAAUUUUUAAGAUCUUAUAUAAAUUCCAUGAGACUUGCCUCUUUAUUCAAUAUAUUAAAUGUAAAUAUAAUUUUAUUAUAAAAACAAGUUAAAUAUUAUGUAAUUUUAAUAUCAAUAAAAAUUUAAUUCAUAAAAAUGACAGAUCUUGGCACAUGGAGAAAUUAUAUGGCAAGUUUUGGAAUUACAAUAUAUUGAUAUUUGUAUCAAUAUAUUAAUAUGUUAAUAU